CUUCGCGCCAGUCCUCGUCUGAUCUGAGCUUUUGAGGAACAGCAAUAACCCUGGGCCCAGUUUUUGAGGAUUUUGGCGGCAUUCUGCUGACACUAUAACAGCAAAGGAAAGUGAAGAUGUCCAGUCCACAGACGGUACAAUCUCUUCAAACAUCUAGAGUUCCGUUAUCUUCAAUAGACAAUAGGCCUAUGGUGGCUCCUCAGAAAGAUGCUCUUAAUGCUGUGCCUGACUUGCAAAAAGUAUAUGAAAAAGAUGGGGAUGAGGAACGCAAGGAAGAUCCCGAUUCAAAAAAUGAUGAAGCUGGAACUGAUGGAGAUGAAAAUAGUGACAAGGGAUCGGAAGCAGACAGUGAGGAAAGUGAUGUUCCUCGGAGAAAACCAUUCAAGAGAGGGAGAGACCAGACGAGAAUAAGAGACAACCAGGAGGAUUUGUCAGGCAGUGAGGACAGCGUAGAAAAGCCCUUCUCUAAGUCAAGUCCUGGAAGCAAGUGUCAAGUGGAGUCUGACUCAGAGUCAUCACAAGACAUCAGUCCUGGACGGAAACGAAAAUUUUCGAAACCCGUGGUGAGCAACGAUGGGGAGGUGGAAGACGACGAUUUCCAAAUGACUGCAAAGCCAAAGGACCCAGCCCCAGGCAGCUACUGCAGUAAACCUCUCCUAAGAAAUCGUGAUGCUGGAAGCGACGAAGAUGACAAGCAAGAUGAUGAGUCAGAAGACGGUGAGGGCAGCGCAGGAACGCUCUCCCCAAGCAACAGUGGAGGAAUGGACGAUGAUUAUGAACCCCCAAUGAGUUCUUCGUCAGAGAAUGUUUCGAGUUCAGAGGACGACUCAGACUGCCAGAUGACUUCCGGUGAUGAACAAGACAAGGAAGAGUCGGAACAGGAGGAUACUAUGGGUGAUAAUGAAAAGUUUGACCCUUCAACUGUCAAAAGACUUUACAAAACUUCAAAACACAAAGAUGCUUCUGCCAAAAAAUAUCCUGCUAGAAAACCUCACAAGAAGAACCAGUCUGAAUACUGGGAAAAUUUGGAAAAGCAUUUCCGGAAACUGGGUUGUCUAGGGCCAUGUCAACCACUGAAGGAGAUCUUGGAUCAGUGGUGUCUGACAUGGGUUGAGGAUCUCGAGAGUUUAGACGGUAAUUGCCCUUGUGGUAAAGAAGGAAUUAGGUUUUUAUGUCAUAUUAAGAACGUGAAAAACGGAACAGAAACAUACGUCGGCUCCAAAUGCAUUGAGCGGUUUAAUCUCGGUGAUCGAACUGUUGCUGGGAUUCUUCAAAACUUACUUCUUCGUGGAAUAACCGUCACACUAGUUGAUAAGAAAAGUAUGAAGUUUGCCAUCAAAAGAGAAAACAUUGGGCUUGUGCAGAACCGAGAGAGAUUCAAGAUUUCAGGUUCCCUGCCUCUUCAGAUGCCUCGAGAAGCCAAGAGGAACUAUCCUAUCCUAACAGUGACGGGUGGGGGAAAAAACAGAAGCAUUGUUAAUCAAAUGAAAAAGGGCCUCGUGUAUAAGUUGUGGCUCCAGCUGACCCUCGAAAAAGAUGAAAGUGCUUCGGGUGUUUGGAAGAUAAACAUAACUCAAUCUGUGCGUGUUAAAGCCCAUUCUCCUUUGCCAAAGGAUGUGCAGAAAUACCUCCGAAUGUAAUCCCUCAAUUCUCCAAAAUACAAAUACAUUGAUUCUGUUUUCUGAGAGGACACGGGAUUUGCCCGUCCCAGAAAAAUUAACUAAUUAUGUUAAACUUUUUCUCAGUGGGAUGAGGAAAGAAACAACUGAAGUAUACACAUGUAUCUCAAUACAUGCUGUUCAAGCUUCACUUUGGGGGUUAAAUGCAUAUAGAUUAACUUUAAUGAAAGUGCCACCAUCAUGCCAACCACAGUUAAUCACUAGCUGGUACAAGUCUAGUAUCCGCACAACCUGACAGCACCUCCGUCUGCCAGUGAAGCUCAAAUACAGAUUGGCCUACAUGUAGAUACAAAUUUAAAAAUGAUCGAUAUUCCGUGGUGUAGGCUAUGUAGUCUUCCAAGUACUUCAAAAGGAUGGAUAAUACAGACUAUGCAUAUAUAUAUGUUCGUACAAAGUACACCAGAGAAAGGAUUGCAGUUUUGAGUGACACUUGAGUACAGAUGUACUCUAUACCGACGUGAAUAAGUCGCACCUAUUGUUAUGUGUGUAAAAGGUAUUACCAUGGCAACCAGCGCGUGAAUCAACAUGCGCGCGUUCAUACUCUCUUUAGUUCAUUACACUUCCCGUUUCAGAUGACAUGCGCCUUUAUAUAUUACACUCAACUCUCUCAAAGUGCAUGCUCAUCUCACCACCUUAGAGGGAGGUGAAUAACAAGCAUCUAACGCGUGUGUGAAGGCAAAUCAAUUGCACUGGUACCUUUUUAUGCCACUUGCAUACGGUCAUAAUUCACUUGAUGAGAAUGGAGGCUGAUAACGAAGAAUAGACCCAUCCAUUAAGCCUCACCCCAAUAUCUUCUAACUAAUCACAGCCAUGGUUUAUGUCCCACACGCAUGCACGAGAGUCAGACUGGUUCCCGUCCCGAACGUAGUCUUAAAGGCGUCCUCCGAACUUAAAUCGUUGAUUUCAAAUGAGCCAUCUCUGCCUGUUUAAAUUUUGUGUGUAGGAAGAUGUAGACAACUGAAAUGGUGGUGUCAUUUACGAUUUCAAAUAGUUGUUAAGUACACAAAUGUCUGGAGACUGUGUUCGAUGAUGUGUUAAACCAAUAAAUAUUAAACUACAUGUACACGUGAAAUUGACGUAACACAGCACAGUAUACACGCAGAAAAAGACCUGAACUAGUGUUUGCAGAGCUGACAAACAGUUGAAGGGAAGAUGACUACGGUGAAUCAAAAUACAUAUGAAAUAGCAAGGCUGUGGCACACUGGCAAAACAGUUGUAUAUCCUGCAAUGCCACUACAAUUACAUGUAUUUUCCGUACCUAUAAGCUUUUAGUGCGUUUUGGAAGAUCUUCAAGUAAUACAGAUUUUCGAAGAUGGUAAAACCCGUCUAUUUCUCCUAUAAGGCUUUGUAAUGUGCCGUAAUUUUGAACAAAAAGCUUUGAGAUUUAAAGUAAUUGCGUUGGUUAUUAAAACUAAGUAGCAAAAAUGUUUUAGAAUUAAUUUCAUUCUCUGGAAAUGCGUAACCAGUGCAUUUUUUCCAAUCCUUUUAUUGUGUCAUGCAAGAAUAAUAAAAAUGUCAAACGCAUUUGCAUUAGUGUCUACUCAAUUCGGUAGCUUAAAUACGAAAGAUGAAAAAGGAAACCUGCAAAAACAGGCAUAGGAAGGACGGUAGCCGAACCUGAUUUUGAAAAUUAGGGUAAAUUACCAGUUGGUUUAAGUUCCAAAAAUUCAAGUUCUGGACAGAUUAUCUUGUAAACUUUUAGAUCAAACUAUAACUUUCUUAGCUUUUUCAUCAAAUGGCAUUCGGUUUAAGUCUCGAAUCCAAUCAAUCUGCACUUGUGUAAUGUAUUCCUCGGCACUCUUUGGUUUCUUUUGCCUAAUUUUAUUCAGAUGUAUUGUGUUUAUUAUGAGUUGGCGUUGAUUUAGUUUAAUACUGUCUGCUAUAUACAGUUUGCAAAUACAUGUAAAUACUCAAACUGUAUAUUGCCCGUUGACCACUAAAGGAAUGUUCUGGUGAGUUUAGAUGGUUUUAGGAACCCCAUGUCGCGUUUUAUUGACUUCUGUGAAAUUUAAGGAAACAAUUUUCGUAAAAAACUAUGUCUGUCGGUUUGUGUUUGCGUUUUUCUAAAGGUUGCGUACUGUGACGAAACAGGGGUAUGCAUGAAUGCCAGUCUAAGUCAUGAAUUAUUAAGCAUUGCGUUGACCAAUCAGCGUUGCGUAGAGCAUUAGGUCUGGGCGCUUGCGGCGUGCUUAUAGAGCGCGCGCACAAUCAGUUAGUGAGUUUCGCUGCUGGGUCGCAGAGUGGCAGGAUCGUGGAGGACGCUUUCUACCGUUCUGUGCUGUGACUGCGAUGUAUAGCGUGGACGCUGCACCUGGGGCGCUGCGUGUAGUGACUAUAACUGGCACUAGGUGUAGUAGCGAACCGUAUUGGGUCUAGAUUACUUUAGUGAUAGAGCUGAGUGUCGUGAACCUAGGCUGGGAGCUAGUGGUCUUUGCUGUUGGAUUGCUUGUCGUCUGUAAGCACUGAUAGUGGGGUGACGGCUGGAACUAAGGCAAACUUGUAAUUGUGCUAGCUAGCCUUCAGGUUUACUUGAUGUACUCAGAUCGCUGUGAGGGUAAUUUCCCUUUCGUUAGAUCGACCCCGUUUUGCAUGACACUCUGUGUUAUUUGUGUGAGGGCUAUCACUAUUUAGUGAGGUAACCCUUGAGUUGUAGGCUAGCUGUGUUUAAGUUAGUCGGGUGGUUAGUUAACCACCUGAGGCAUAUUGUAUUGCCUUGUGAUGUGUAUUGUGUACAUAAAC